GCCAAAUUUCCCGAUAACGGCGUGAUGAGAUGGCGACGUCCGAUUUUUCGGUUGUAAUCACGAAAAUGAAAGCUCGCCAUGUCACUGCAGGAUGAUAUUUCACAAAGGAUUGUAUUGAAAGGCUAUGGAAGCUCCUGAAAAGCUUUCAAGCGACGAACAAAGUGAAAGAGCUGAGAAGUUCUAUGACCAGGCUCUGCUUUUAGUGGAUUGCUGCAAGAUCCCUGAAGCAAUUAAAUUGUUUGAAAAGGCCUGUCAGCUCAAACCUGGCUGUGAAGUCUACAAGGAAACACUGGAUUUCUUUCAGGCAAAAGCAGAUCUUUUAGACAACAAACAACAAGGAUUAAGCUAUGCCAGUGUCUCCAGGCCAAAACCAAGCUGUGGGAAAGCAGAACAGAAAAGUUAUUCUGCUGAAUGGAAUGUAAAGAAGGCAAGAGGCAAAGUGCCAGAGGUUUCAACUUGUUAUUACAGCCAUGCUGAUGAGCAGGCUACUAUUGACAAUCCAUGGGCUUCCUAUGUGAGCAGAAGUCAUCGAAAGAGGAGUACUCCAAGCAGCCCAAUUGAUGGUCUUACUGAGAUUGAUCUUCCUCAGAUGAGUGAGAACAUGUGGUACAGUUCUGGAAGUCAAAGUUUGAAACAAGACUAUGAUCGCCAAGAUCGGGAUGAAGUUGACAGUUUUUUCAGUUCAUCGCUAAACACACCCAUCAGUUCACAGGAAGCAUUGAAUGAGGAUAGCAGUGUUUGUGAUCAUAAACAGGAAAAUCACAGUGAUGACACAGUUGAUGCUUUCGUUAACCAGAGGGAAGAAUGCCCAGAGGAGUGUUAUGAAGACAGUGGCAACUACGAGGAAGAUGUAGAUUCAAGAUUUCUUGAUGAAUUAUGUGCAGCACGAGAAACAUUUUUAGAUGACUGGGCUAAAUACUAUGAUGUGUUAAAUAGGGAUUUGAAAGAAGAGUCACCAUGCUCUGAAUCAGGUGUUUUAAAUCAGGGUGUUUCCACACCUUUGGAAUAUUCUGACAGUUUUGAUGAUGCAAAGAGUAUUAAGGAUAAGAAAAAGAUAAAUCACUCAGGGAAAGAAAAAUCAAAUUCUGAGAAACCUGAAUCUAAGAUCAGCUGUGAUGUAUGUGCAAAUUGUGGGCAACCAAAGGAAGGCAGAACUCAACCUUGUAAUACACCAAAAAACAGAAUUCAUUUUGUAAAUGGUACCUGCAUUUCUAGUGCUAAUUCACCUAUAAGUAAUUGUACUUGUAACAGGAAACAUUCAGUGAAGGGUGUUUUUAAAGGAAAAUCUGGAAAGACACCCCUUUCUACUUCACAGCAAGAGUUUUAUCAAAACCUUCAGAACUACUUUGGCAGUGGAGCAGUUAAGAGUGUGAAGACAGAUUCUAAAGUAAAGAAAGAAAGUUCCUCUGGUGGUAUGGAUGCAAAUUGUGCCACAAACUUAAAUAUGUCAUCCUUAAGCAAUGAACCAUCAAAGGUUAAAUCUAGUCAGAAUGUUGCAGAAAGUAAUGAGUGUAAUGCAAAAGCUAGUAAACACUCUGAUGACUUUGCUUCAAAGGAACAAUUGACUGAUGGGGUUGAAGGUUUGAGGUCAUCGUUCAGUGAAGAUGGAGUGGUGAAAGACAAGACGUCAUUUGAUGAGGGUAGAUUUCACCAGGAAAGCUUCAGUGAAGGACGGAAGGUGGGUGACAAUGUUGACAAUAACACCAAGGCCACAGUUAACACAGAACAUGUUAAGAGUUCAAAGGAAAGAACUGAUUCUCACUGGCGAUCACGGUUUAAGGCUGGUGUGAAAUCUAAAGUCAGUCACAGGGCAAAGAGUAUAGAUCCCACUGAAACAAGGAAGCCUUCAAAUGCACAUGUCAAAGAGAGAUCAAGAUUGAAACCAAGGACAGAGAGAACUGUUCAUGCAGAGUUUGACUUGUCUAAGCUUACAUCUGGUCUUUAUUGCACAGGUGUAGCAGUUUUAAGUAAGAGUGGUCAAGCAGUGAAGUCUAUUUUCUACUAUGUUCUACUCCUUCUGGCUUUGCUUUUUGGCUUUUUCAUUUAUUGCUCUUGGUUUGCUGGCUGUUGGGCAUGCAGGAGAACAUUGUCUUUUGUUCCAGUGGGCAGAUGGUUGGCUGAGGGAAGAAAGAAACUGUCAACUUUAUUUGAAUUCCGUCGGAAACAGAGAGAAAGAAGAAGCACAUACUCAGAUGGGCAAACUUACGAUCUUCCCAAGAACGGAGAUGCCGCAGUGAUGCACAUGUUGCAAAACAAAGACAGUGAUCCCUACAGUGUCCUUGGAGUGCCACGAGACGCAACAGAUGAUGACAUCAGGAAGCAAUAUAGGAAGUUAGCUGUACUGAUCCAUCCAGACAAGAAUACCCACCCACAAGCAGACGAGGCUUUCAAGACUCUUGCCAAUGCUUUCGACAUUCUAAGUGAUCCUGAGAAGCGUGCCAAUUAUGAUGCCGAAGCAGCUUGGAGGACGAGAGCGGAAGAAAGGAAGGAGCGUUACGGUGGGCACACGAGUCCAGAACAGUUUUUUGCCGAUUUAGGGAAAAAGAUGGAAGAGAUGCAUAAUUCUCUACAUUGUAACGUGUGUGAUGGGAAACACCGUCGCUACAACACAAAGCGGUUUAUUUUGACAGCUCGCUUCUGUAGUCGCUGCAACACAAGACACGCUGCUAAAGAGGGAGAUCUGUGGGCAGAGAGUAGUUUUCUUGGCUACAAACUGCACUUUUAUGCCUGUAUGGAGGGUGAAAUAUUUGAUGUCACUGAGUGGGCGGCUUGUCAGGGUAUUGGUCGAGUGGAGGCCAAUCCUCACACGGUCCAUCUGAAGCUCAAGACCCGUCAGACACAACAAAGCAGCUUCAAUUCUAGAUCGGAAGAAAGGGAGUUUGAGAAUUUCAUGCGUGCGUUCUUCGGGCAGUUUGGCCCUGAAGGAGACAAAUUUCAGGGAGCCAACAAGCAACGAAAGAAGAAGAAAAAGAAGAAACAUUAGUAAUGUUAGCGUGGGUAGAGGUUACAGAUUGCUAGGAGAUCGAUCCGGAUCUACCUAGUGGUGUUCGACGUAUCCCUACGUAUGAUUGGGGAAAGUUUGAGUGUGGCUUGAUCAAAGUACUUAGGUAAUUCUGUGUAGUUUUCUUAAUUACAGUAUUCUCCAUUUGAAUAUCGAAAAUAAUCAGGGUUUCCAAUGGUUUCGCCUCAUGGUGCUCUGUGAUUGGUUUAGAAAGCUCGCGCCACCCUCCCAACCAAUCAGAUACAACUUUAACCAAUCACGACUUGGUCACACGCAUUUUCCCGCGCUUCGGGGAGUUUUCUUGUUUUUACCGUUUUUGUGUUCCUAUUGGCUAAUUGUGACGUUUUCUCUUUUUCUGAUUUGACCCUGUAAUUACCAUGGUGUUCAUUUCAUGUCUCUCGAUCGACAUGCACUGAAAUCUGAUUUUCUAAGAAAAUUCUGUGACCAGUUCGUCAUUGCUGAAGUUACCCUUAGUAACACUCCUCAACCUCGUCUCUUUAUCUUUCCAACUUCCAGAAGUGAUAAACAUUUAACUUCUCCCAAAAAUAUCCAUAUAUUUUUCAUCAAACAGCUACUAAGAAUACUCAAACUUUUCAGGUAGAAUUUGUUAUCAUGAUCUAACACGAAAUUCCCAUGACUCAUUUAUAAAGAAAUAUGGAGCAGCUAGAGGGGAUAAUUGGGAGUGAAAGGGUUAAUUUGGCGGAAAUUAUCAGGUUUUGUUAAAUUAUUCCCUAUCACUGCAUGAAACACGAAAUACAGCUUUUAAAAAAUCAGCAAAAUCAUGGAGAAAUGAAAGGCUGCCGUUAAGAAGAAACAGAUCAAACUGUAACGGAUAGUUGUAAGAGUCCGAUGAAAAAGACUCUUACAAGUUGUGUAUCUGAUAAAUUAGAGAUUAUGCUAUAAGUUUAAAUUUAAAAAAACUAUAUUUUUUCGAGUUAAAUCCUAUUCAUAUCAGUUUGAAGAUAUCGUCACGUUACGCUUUCAAAGAGAUGUCUUAGCUUAAGUCAAGGCGUCAAUAAACAUUUUUGCGAAUUA